AUGGCACCUCCCCCGGACCCAGACAUCAGCCAGCCUCCUCCAGUCGAGGACGCCUGGCAUAUCCUCUACAAUCCCUUCAGUGCCACCAUCAAUGUUGACGAAAACCAUCCAGGAAAUCCCAUCAAGAUGUUUCUUCUGCGACCUCUCUACGCGCCCCUUCUGUUUUCCAAUGUUUCAUCUGAUGCCCGCGAUCACUGUGCCAACGAAAGGACAUUCUUGUCCUGGCUGCGACUAUCCAUCUACAUGGCUGUUGUCGCUGUGGCGAUCUUCGUCAACUUUCAUCUAAAGAGCCAGCCCACUUCCUUGGAGGAGCGACUAUCCCACCCGCUCGGCAUCAUCUUCUGGGUCCUUUCCCUCGCUUGUCUGGUGAGCGGAUUGGGCAUCUACAUGCGAACAGUCACAAAAUAUGCGAGACGACGGGCUUUGGUCCAGACAGGGAUGAAGACCCAAAUAAUCUUUGGCGUCGUCUCGACUGCGAUUAUCGCCGCUUGUGCGUUGUUCUUGGCGGCCGAAGUUCAGGCAUCGCGACAGCGGCAGGCCGCCGCUGCUACGAGUGUAUUAUUAUAUCGUACCUAG